ACGGCGCAGGAUCUAAACGCUCAAGGCGCUCGCUCUCGUUCCCCUUAACCACGGGCUAUUUCGUUUCGUCAUUAACCGGGGAAUUUUAUUGUUAACGAAUAACAACAGUUGAGUGCGAUAUACCGGGAUUAUUCAGUCGUUGCGAUAGCGGGUGAUCGUUGUUUCGUCGAUAUCAACAAUCGUAAUUGUUUUGUUUACGUUUUUUCGAGGAAUUUGGGAGAGUCCGGGGUUUACGGAGCUCAGAGGGCGAUACGUGUUUACGGAUUGAUUAUUUUGGAGGUUAGUGUUCUCUCGGGCAAACGCGCGGGAUUAUUGCUCGGGGGGAAAUAAGUUGUGGAGAGUGAAGUUCGAGGGAAACGAUCGGGAAGUCGAUUUCCCGCGAGAAACCCGAGGGGAAGGAGCUCUUGGAGGCUUUUUGGGCCCUCGUUUGGCCCCCGCGACCCCCAGUCGGUGGUGGCGUCGCCGAAAAAUCACUGGCGACUGCGUUCCGUCGACCCCCAGCCCCCGACCCCCGUCGGAAAACACGAGGAUGUACGGCUGCUGCAGAGUGACACUGUGAUUUUAUUUAUUUUUGUUAAGUUCUGGUGGUGUUUGUUUGUUUUUUAAUCAGUGAAAUCGUUCAUCAGUUUAUGAAUUUAUGAAUUAACGGAAGUGACAGUGCGGAACAGUUUCGGGGAGGAAUCGAUGGGGCUCGUGACGUGGGUCUGACACGGAGAUAUUUUUUUAAUUCUGGAAUCGGCGGCCAGGACUCGACGGGAUGAGGAAGCAAGGGAACUCUGGGCAUCGUGCGACGCAGUGCUGACGGCUGAUAUGCUUCAGCGGUCGGAAUUUUUCGGGGUUUAGGACGGGGUUUGGUGUGUGAGAGGGCUCAGGAGGGCCCCAGGGUGGAGGGCGAAGGCGCAGUCCACCCGUUUGCCGGUGAAAUAGAGAUUUUGGGGGACGCUGGGAGGUGCAGGGACGAGUGAUUUUUUUGGGGGUGUUUGGAGGAUUUUUUGAGGUGGCGAUUUGAGGGGAGGUGUGAAGUGAGACUUUGGUAUUUUCUUUGGGGGAUAACACAGCCGCUACGGUGGCUCAGCACGCAGAGUUCCCCGGCGCUGCCAGGGCGUUCAUGGCGCAGCCAAGGUAUGACGAUGGCGGGCUGCACGGGGGUUACCUCGAGGCAGGCGGUGGUGGUGGCACUGGUGGAUUAUACGAUCCACACGGUAAUGCAAGAGGUGUACCGGGUCUUCACCACAGUCCACACUUGGGUGGAAUGGGACCGGCACAUCCACAGUAUCCACCACCACCACAACCACCACCACAGCAUGUACUAGCAGCGGCAGCAGCGGCCGCUGCAUCAGCGGUACCUGACGUUCACAAACGCGACAAAGACGCCAUUUAUGGACAUCCACUGUUUCCACUACUCGCCCUAAUAUUCGAAAAAUGUGAGUUGGCAACGUGCACACCGAGAGAACCGGGUGUAGCUGGUGGUGAUGUGUGUUCGUCAGAGAGUUUCAACGAGGACAUUGCGGUCUUCUCAAAACAGAUCAGACAAGAGAAACCAUAUUAUAUUGCAGACCCGGAGGUUGAUUCGUUGAUGGUGCAAGCGAUUCAGGUCCUCCGGUUUCACCUCCUCGAGCUUGAAAAGGUUCACGAAUUGUGCGACAACUUCUGCCACCGGUACAUAAGCUGUCUGAAGGGCAAAAUGCCAAUAGAUCUUGUGAUCGAUGAUCGUGAGAGCACAAAACCACCGGAUCUUGGUAAUGGACUCGAUGGUGGUCCACGUAGUACAGCUGACAGUACGAGUCAUACUGAUGGAGCAAGUACACCGGACGUCAGGCCACCAUCCUCCUCACUGUCGUACCCCGGUGCGGGAGCAAAUGACGACGCCAGGAGCCCAGGAAGCGGCGGUACCCCAGGACCACUCAGCCAACAAGCACCCACCAGUCUAGACUCAUCAGAUCCCGACGCCAUGGGUAAAUGGUGUCCGCGUAGAGAAUGGAGUUCGCCGCCGGACGCACAAAGAGCAGCGAGCGAUGCGGCGAGACGCGGUGUUCUCUACUCUUCCGUCUUUCUCGGCAGUCCUGGUGACGCGAGUAACGCGAGUAUCGGUAGUGGUGAGGGUACGGGUGAAGAGGACGACGAUUCGUCGGGUAAAAAGAACCAAAAGAAGAGAGGAAUUUUUCCAAAGGUUGCGACAAACAUCCUCAGGGCGUGGCUCUUUCAACACCUCACGCAUCCCUACCCCUCGGAAGACCAGAAGAAGCAGUUGGCACAGGACACGGGGCUGACGAUUCUUCAAGUCAACAACUGGUUUAUCAACGCGAGGCGUAGAAUCGUUCAACCCAUGAUAGAUCAGAGCAAUAGAGCCGUGUUUCCGCCAUUGUCCGCAGGUCCAAGCGGUGCAUACAGUCCGGACGCGACGAUGGGCUACAUGAUGGACGGACAAGCCGCCAGUAUGAUGCACCGACCCCCUGGGGAUCCAACCUUCCACAACCAGUAUCAUUAUCCACCUGAAUAUUAUGGACACCACUUAUAAAGCUAAAACCCUAGCUAAAUGGUGCAGUAUAACCCGCGGGUGACGGAGUCCCCGGACCCCGAGAGCCCGGAAAACCCUAGAAUCGCAACAAAGCAUCCCCAGAUCUCGCGGCAACGACACACGUCUCGGCCUGGAGUAUCUCCACCCCGAGAGCUCCCGCAGCCGCGGGAAAUCGCGAACGAAUCUCCAGUCCCGGAAGUGACGGCCAGUGUCCCUCCCCUCCAGUGACGCACACGCCCGUCCCUUCGGCGCGAGGAUGCACUCAACGACCCAAUGAGAACCCCGUGAGCCCCUAAAAAGGUAACGAACAAGAGCGAAAAAAAACUUCGAGGAAAAAAAAAAUUGCAAAAACGCGGCCAAAGGAUUUCGACGACGAGUGAAAUGAAAAAAAAAAAUAUAUAUAUAUAUUCGGUCGCUGGAACGAAAAGGAAUCAAGAAUGAAAAAGGAUAAAUAAAAAAUUCAUGUGAUUGUUCUUUGUACAAAUAUUGCGGUGUAAUAUUGUAGUGAUUGAGAUAUAAAUGUUAAAUUUUAAUACAAUCGCAAUCGACGGAGGAUAAACGAGAGAGGACUAUAUUAUUGAAAUAUAGUGAUAGUUAAAUUAGCGGGCAUGUACAUUACCUGGUGUUCCGCGAGACAUGAGACAUGAGAAAAGUCUGCGCUCAGUGACUUUAAUCAUCCAAACCCCCUGAAAAGGGUUGAGAUAAUUCACGGAAUGAAGUGAUGAGUUGAAAAUACGAAAUUUCCAUCGAGAGAAAUUGAUGGAGCAAAUCAAUGCGAGUUUAAAAUUUGUGUGUGACCAGAUUCCCGCAGCGUCGACAUUUUCUCGACUUAGGAGACAUUAAAAAUUUGUACAGUUCUUAAUUAUUAUUAAAUUUAAUGUUAAUGAAAACCAACCGAAGCAAUGAAGGGAUACAUGUAUAAUAGUCUCCUCACUGUGAUUCGCCGUUUGGAUGCGCUAAAGUAAUUCAAUUUAAUGACUCAGUGGUCACUAAAUCAACUAGUGUCUCGAUUAAUUGGCAUCUGAAUAUUUUUUCAUUGAUUUGAAAAAUUUGGGAGAAAUGACAGUGAGGGGAGCACAGAGGGGCGAACAGAGGCUACCACUCGUCCUAGAGAUAAUUAAAAAUUAAUAAUAAUAAUUUACUAUAAUAUAUUGUGUAUAAAUAGUUAAUUGAAAAUUGAGAAAGGGAUGAAUUUUUGGAAAAAAUGGGGAGAGAAAAGAAAAAUGGAAAAAUUAUUAAUGGGAAGAAGCGUGAGAGGUUUCAACAGUGCGAAUGGAUGAGAAAGUGAGAGAUUGAUGAAAAUUAUUUGGGAAAUUUUUUUUCUCGUGUGGACAAGUCUAGUGCAAGAGCGAGUGGAGAGAGGAGAGUGAGAACGUACAAAAAAUGACAGUUAGGUGAAAUUUUAAUCCGGACGAAGGACGAGAUUGGAGAGACGGGAAAGGCAAUGUAUCAUAACUAAAUAGACAUAUUCAAAUUUUUAGGUAAUUAGGGCCUGAAAGUAUUUCGUUGACAUCCCUCUCGUUCGAUCUUUUUUUUUAUUCAUUUGGUUGAUGAGAAAUAUUUUCUCUAUUUGCAGACGUCCACAUCCCACGUUCGACUGAAUCCGUUCCUUCUUCCAUGAAUUUUACAAACAUGAUAAUUUGACAUAGUUUCGUCCCUUUAUUCCCCCCCCCCCCCAAACACUCCCACAAAAGGGUAAUUAUAUAUUUCUAUAUCGAAGUAAUUAUCGCGCGCGCGUCCUUCAUAUACGUAAAAGACAAUUUAAUGGAGGGGUUAUCACAGGAAUGAUAUUAUUGUUGAAUUGAAACACUUGAAUCUUUGAUUGAGACUUAGUUUUUUACAUAAAACAUACGUGGGAAGGAUCUAUCAAUCACGAAACAUUCUUCAUUUUUCUCUUGAGAGAUGAGGAAUCAUAAUCACUCUGGAUAUACGAGAAGAAAUUCAAUACAGGUGAAUGCAUACGUGAAAAUGUAUUUUUAGAAUUUCCAGUGAGUGAGGGAUUCGUCAAGCAAAAAAAAAACACACGAGUGAUGAAAAAAAUUAACAAAAACAUUAAUUUUUUGAAAUGUGGAAUUGUAUUUUCACUAAAAUGAUCCCUCACUCAUCUGAUCAAUCGCGAAUUUUAAAUGUUCAAAGUCGAAGGCUUUGGCUCGUCGAGUUUUUAUUUAUAAUCAACAGACACAAUUUUUAUUUACAUCAGGAUUUUUGUCCACUACUCGAUGUGUCAAUCUCCCUGACGUCCCUCGAGCCAGAGCCCAUCGAUGCCCUAGUAUACUGAAGCAAAAAGUUUAAACAAAAUGAAAAAAAAACCCACGUAUACCGAAAGACUCAGGUGCAAAUGUCUACCAUUCAUCAUCUUGAUUAAUUGGCGUUAGAAUCGUCUGUCUCGUGUUUCUCGAUUUGCAUUGAAAAAAUAUUUCCAAGUCAGCUAGAGGCGUCAGAUAUUUUCCCAUUCGAAAAACUACACAUCUCAAAGUAAAUUUUACAGACUCGAACCCCUUCGCAUUAAGGAACUCAACGUUUCUUGUCUUUGCUCUGCGCGGAGAGAAAAAUUCACAGAAAAUUACCAGAAAAAAACGUAAAAAUUACGUUUCGAAACGCAAUCCGC